CACACUGCUCCCCCGGGUCGGAGCCCCCCGGAGCUGCGCGCGGGCUUGCAGCGCGAAGCCGAGCAAAGAGCGCCCCGCCAGCGCAGAGCUCCCAACGCGCGGCGUCCCGACGCUCCAGAGGUGGUUCCAAGCCGCCCCGCCGAGCGGAGCGAGCGGGCCCGGGAAGAACUCGGGCCCCCAGCCGCCUCGUCCUUCCCCGGCUCUGCUCCCUCUGCCCCACGGGGGUCGCGCGCCCACGAUGCCGCGGGGCCCUGGCUCGCUGCUGCUGCUCGUCCUCGCCUCGCACUGCUGGCUGGGCUCGGCGCGCGGGCUCUUCUUCGGCCAGCCCGAUUUCUCCUACAAGCGCAGCAACUGCAAGCCCAUCCCCGCCAACCUGCAGCUGUGCCACGGCAUCGAGUACCAGAACAUGCGGCUGCCCAACCUGCUGGGCCACGAGACCAUGAAGGAGGUGCUGGAGCAGGCGGGCGCCUGGAUCCCGCUGGUCAUGAAGCAAUGCCACCCGGACACCAAGAAGUUCCUGUGCUCGCUCUUUGCCCCCGUCUGCCUCGACGAUCUGGAUGAAACCAUCCAGCCGUGCCACUCGCUCUGCGUUCAGGUGAAGGACCGCUGCGCCCCUGUUAUGUCCGCCUUUGGCUUCCCCUGGCCGGACAUGCUGGAGUGCGACCGCUUCCCCCAGGACAACGACCUCUGCAUCCCUCUCGCCAGCAGUGAUCACCUCUUGCCGGCCACGGAGGAAGCCCCAAAGGUCUGUGAAGCCUGCAGAAAUAAAAAUGAAGAUGACAACGACAUAAUGGAAACUCUUUGUAAAAAUGAUUUUGCACUGAAGAUAAAAGUGAAGGAGAUAACCUACAUCAACAGAGACACCAAAAUCACCCUGGAGACCAAAAGCAAGACCAUCUACAAGCUGAACGGCGUGUCCGAAAGGGACCUGAAGAAGUCGGUGCUGUGGCUCAAGGACAGCCUGCAGUGCACCUGUGAGGAGAUGAAUGACAUCAACGCGCCCUACCUGGUCAUGGGACAGAAACUGGGCGGCGAGCUGGUGAUCACCUCGGUGAAGCGGUGGCAGAAGGGGCAGCGAGAGUUCAAGCGCAUCGCCCGCAGCAUCCGCAAGCUGCAGUGCUAGUCUCGGCUGGCACCUCCCAGGCACCUGCCGCCCCCGGACCUUUCCCAAGCACAGUCCCUGUGGCCCCAGCCCCCGCGGGGAGCAGCUUCCCUGCCUUUUGCACGUUUGCACCCCAGCAUUUCCUGAGUUAUACGGCCGUAGGAGGCCUCGGGAAUGGAUAGCUGUUUUCACAUAAAGGAAAAAUCCACUCAAAUCUUGUAGAAAUGUUCAAACUAAUAAAUAUUUUUAUGAAGUUUUAAAAUAGUUCACUUUAAAGAUGGUUUUUAAUAGAUGCAACUGUGACGUGGGUCUGAUUUGGCUUUUUUUUUUUU